GUGUCUCCCCACUCUCCGUCCUCCGAUUGCAAAAGUUCGAUCUUUCCUUCUUUUUUACCUCUACUAGUUUCUCGUCAUCAAUUCAUUCACCAACUUCUGAGGGUUUGGGGAGCAGCAGCGCCUGCUCGCGACUCCCUCCUAGCACCGUUCGUGCAGUCGCGCUUGUGAGCUCUCUCUCUCUCUCUCUCUCUCUCUCUCUCUCCACGGCGGUGCUUUGUGGUUCGUUCCCUGUAGGUUUUUUGGGCUUCUCCAGAAAGAUCUAGCAUCCUCCUUCGGUGUUCCGUAGUAAGCGCCUCGAAAGUUUGACACUUGGAAUCAGUCCUGCGCCACUUGUUCUUCGUUUCCUCAGCCUGGACAUCGAUCCGGACAAAAAAAAUACUCGGCGCCUUGCAAUUUUCCCUAUUCUAUUGUUUUUCUUCCCUUUUUUCGUUCGCGGAUUUGGGAUGCGCCAUUUAUCGAUUUGGUGAAUCUUUGACCUUCCUCGCUUGUUCCUCGUUCGAUCUGCCAUCCUUUGCCAGCUACGUCUUUGAGCAAAAUUCACUAUUUUCCUUUUUUUUUAACUUCUUUUUUCUUCUGUAGAUUUGGCACGACGAACAUUAUCUCUUUUGAAUUGGCUAUAUAUUUAGUCUCAUUGUGUUGUCCCACUUCCGUAUUUACCAUAAUCAAUUUCCCUAUCUGCUCUUCUCGAGAAGUCAAAUCUUGGAGACGGACGAAUUCCUUCUGAUCUUUGUUUACUACUUUCUAGGAAAAAUAAGUUUGAUCUACAACCGCGUAGUUGUUGAACUCAGUUUGCUAUUCCAAGUUAAAGUUGCAUUUCGAGAUAUAAGGCUAUUUGCGAAUUGGUUAGUCAGUUAUUUAGGGUGCAUAAAAGAGAUUAUUUCUGCUUGCCCGUCAGUUGCCUGCUUGUGUUCACAGCGUUGUUUCUGAUCCCAAAAAAGUUGAUUGUAGAUGCUGGAUUGCAUAUCCAGGCAUUUCAAUGUGGCUACUUACGCUUCGACAGUCAAUCAGGAUCUCAGUUCUCAUUAUCGCUGCAAUUACCUUAGUGGUUCUUUCUCAUUCGUUUAUAGGAGGAUGGGCUACUAACCAGAAGCUUGAAGUUGCUGUUAGGCCUCUGUUGAAGGUGCCUUCAGAUCCUCCAGUUUUUGCAUAUUGGAUAUCUGGUACUGGCGGUGAUGCUCAGAAGAUUUUAAGGCUGUUGAAAGCAGUGUACCAUCCGAGGAACCAUUAUCUUCUUCACCUAGAUGCAAGCAGUGAUGAUCUUGAGAGGAAAGACCUGGCACGCUCUAUUGGAUCCGAGAGGCUCUUUAGAUCUUUUGGAAAUGUUGAUGUUGUUGGGCAAUGUUAUCCAGUGGAUCAAACUGGACCAUCAGCAGUUGCUGCAACACUUCAUGGAGCAGCAAUUCUGCUCAGGCUUAACACGGAUUGGGAUUGGUUCAUCACAUUGAGUGCUGUGGAUUAUCCUCUCUUGACUCAGGAUGAUCUGCUUUAUGUUUUCACUUCUUUGCCCAGGAAUUUGAACUUCAUUGAUCACAAAGGUGAUCUAGGUUGGAAAGAGCAUGAGACGUUUAACCAAAUUGUCGUCGACCCGAAUCUUUAUAUGGAGAAGAAAACGCAACUGUUAAUCACUUCAGGAGUUCGCAAGACACCAAAUUCCUUCAAGUUAUUUACAGGUUCUCCAUGGGUGAUUCUUAGCAGACCUUUUGUGGAGUAUUGUGUGCAUGGCUCGGACAACCUCCCUCGGAAAUUACUCAUGUACUUUGCAAAUGUAGCUCACUCUCCGGAAGCCUACUUCCAAACUGUGAUAUGUAACUCACCUGAAUUUCAAAACACAACCGUCAAUAAUGAUCUGAGGUACUUUGUUUGGGAGGAUCCACCGGGGUUGGAGCCCAUCUUUCUCAACGCAACACAUCUGAAGGGCAUGAUGAAGAGCAGAGCAGCUUUUGCUAGGAAGUUCAUGGAAGGUGAUCCUGUUCUAAAGAAGAUGGACAAGAAGGUGUUAAUGUACAAAUCAAGACAGCGAUGCUUUGAAAAACCUGGAAAUAGAGCAGUGAAGAAUUGGGAAGGUGAAUCCUGCUAUAGCCGGGAGAAUGUGAACAUUAUUAAGCCCAGUAACUCUGCAAUGAGGUUAAAAAGUUUGGUGACGGAGCUUGUUUCGUCGGAUAAGUUGUACUCAAACCAAUGUAAAUUCUGAUGUGCUGAUCUACCUGUUCUUUGGAAGUCCGGUAAUUUUCUCAUCCCACAAAAAGUUGAUGCUGAAAUCAUUCAUUGGCUUCAGCAGCAGCUGAAAUCCUUAUAGAAGCUAGCUUCAAAUUCCAUGCAACAAUUGAAACAAUAAAUGGUUCAUCCAUUCCGGCUUUUCGUUUAA